AUAUCAUAUAGUACAAUAUUUUAAUAAAGUGAAUAAUGUAUUUUACCUUAGUUAUUGGAAUAGCACAUUGCUUUUUUUUCUGUCUAUUGUUAUCAAGUCUUUUUUUGUGCUAAGAAACUCCUUUCUUUUUGUAGUACUUUCUUGGUAUAGUUAGUGUGAUAUAAAGAGUUAAUGAGCUUUAAAAUCAACUUCUCAGCAACUGCACAGACAAGCACACAAAAUUUCAACAAUUAUUAGGCAUGGGAUCAGCUUCAUAGAACUGUAGUGUAGAAAACAUUUGCAAAUUGUGUUUUUCUAUUUUUGCCAUAAUGUCAUUUUGUAAUUUUUUAGUUACAAGCUUGUAAUGAUGGUUCAAAGUGCUGGAAAAUUUUAUGUACAUUCUUGUGUUCUGUCCACAAAAUUCAUUGUUAGUAUAGUUAGCGUGAUGUAAAGGUUUAUUGUGCCUUAAAAUCAAGUCUUCUGCCCAAGCGACUGCACAGAUGAGCAGGGCAGCUUUCAGGUGUGGUGUGAGAUCAUCUUCACUGAAGGAGUAGAGGAAAAAAUGCAUUAGGAAAAUGGAGUGACAUGCGAAUAUGUAGUGUAACUAUUCAUGUUAUGCCUGCUGUUAUCAAAGUAAUGAAGGUGGACUCUACGUUGAUAACACUUAUCAAGCCUCAAUUUGAAGCUCGCAGAUCACAGGUAGGAGGUGGUGGGAUUGUUCGAGAUCCCCUGGUUCAUAAAGAGGUACUGGAUAGAAUAAUUUCAGGGGUAGAAGAGUUUGGAUUCUGCAAUAAAGGCUGGAUCAAAUCUCCCAUAAAGGGCGCAGAAGGGAACAAGGAGUUUCUUGCUUGCUUCCACAGGAUCCCAAUUUCAGAAUCGCAACCAGAAGUAGAGACAAAGGCAGAGGCCGAAGCUACAUCAUAGAGAAUGCAGCUUGAAACCUGUAACCAAGGAUGAUAUAUCAUCAAUCAGAACGUGCCAUUAAGCAUCUGGAAGCUCUACUAAUGCUGGAAAGUUCUGUUGGUUGUGUUAGAAAAUAGGCCUAGCACGGUCAGUGAGAUACCUAUUAGAGGUACAAAAUUUUGAAGCACGUAAUUCUGAAGUUCUAGGGGUUCACUUGCUGUUCCUCGGGAGAGUAAGAACAAAACAUGCUGAGAAUGGUCAGCCCUUUGUUCAUUGUAGAGCAUGUCACCUGAUUGUGACAUACAGUCUAUAUUGACCGCCCAGUGGCCAGUAUCGUAUCCUACCAAACACUGACUCAGGCAGUUUUCGUGUAUAAUUUGUUUAAGGGUCUGCUUGAGGUAUGCUCUUUCUCCAGCAAA